AUGAGGUUUUCAGAUUAUUAUGACAUUAGAGUUAUAGCUAGCAUUUGUGAUUUUCUGCAUAAUCAUUGGUAUUUUAUUGCUAAGAUUCCAUCCAGAACACCAUGUUACAUUGUUGUGUCUCCUUAUGCUCCUCUUGGCUCUGAGAAUUUCUCAGACUUUCCUUUUUUUGAUGACCUUGACAAUUUUGAGGAACAUUGGUCAGGAUUUGGUGCUAUGGAGAAAUUUUUGGUUGAGUACAAGAGUGCAGUGGAGAAGAAACUGGCAGAGUACAAAUGUAACACCAACACAGCAACUGAACUAAAACUAGUUCGUUUUCCUGAAGAUCUUGAGAAUGACAUUAGAACUUUCUUUCCUGAAUAUACCCAUCAACUCUUUGGGGAUGAUGAAACUACUUUUGGUUACAAGGGUUUGAAGAUCCUGUUAUACUAUAUUGCUGGUAGCUUGUCAACAAUGUUCCAUGUUGAAUAUGCAUCUAAAGUUGAUGAGAAUUUUGACUGUGUAGAGGCAGAUGAUGUUCAGGGCAAAAUUAGACAAAUCAUCCCACCUGGAUUUUGUACAAACACAAAUGAUUUUCUCUCUUUGCUGGAAAAAGAAGUUGAUUUCAAGCCAUUUGGAACCUUACUCCAUACAUACUCUGUUCUCAGUCCAACAGGAGGGGAAAACUUUACCUUUCAGAUAUACAAGGCUGACAUGACAUGUAGAGGCUUUCGAGACUAUCAUGAAAGGCUUCAGACCUUUUUGAUGUGGUUUAUUGAAACUGCUAGCUUUAUUGACGUGGAUGAUGAAAGAUGGCACUACUUUCUAGUAUUUGAGAAGUAUAAUAAGGAUGGAGCUAUGCUCUUUGUGACCGUAGGCUACAUGACAGUCUAUAAUUACUAUGUGUACCCAGACAAAACCCAGCCACGUGUAAGUCAGAUGCUGAUACUGACUCCAUUUCAAGGUCAAGGCCAUGAUGCUCAACUUCUUGAAACAGUUCAUAGAUACUACAUUGCAUCUCCUUCUGUUCUUGAUAUUACAGCGGAAGAUCCAUCCAAAAGCUAUGUGAAAUUAAGAGACUUUGUGCUUGUGAAGCUUUGUCAAGAUUUGCCCUGUUUUUCCCGGGAAAAGUUGAUGCAAGGAUUCAGUGAAGAUAUGGCGAUAAAGGCACAACAGAAGUUCAAAAUAAAUAAGCAACAUGCUAGGCGGGUUUAUGAAAUUCUUCGACUACUGGUAACUGACAUGAGUAAUGCUGAACAAUACAGAAGCUAUAGACUGGACAUUAAAAGAAGACUAAUUAGUCCAUAUAAGAAAAAGCAGAGAGAUCUUGCUAAAAUGAGAAAAUGUCUCAGACCAGAAGAACUGACAAACCAGAUGAACCAAAUAGAAAUAAGCACGCAACAUGAACAGCUGGAAGAAAGCUUUCAGGAACUUGUGGAAGAUUACCGACGUGUUAUUGAACGCCUCGCUCAAGAGUAGAGAUUAUUUGGCUCUGUACAGGAAGUUUGCAAUUUCUGUACAUUGUGUUGUGGAAAAUCUGAUGAUGACUUUAAUUUUAAACUCUUUUAACAUUUACUUACAUUAAAAGUUAUCUAUCUUAUCUUUAGUUGAAUAUUUUCUUUUGGAGAGAUUGUAUAUUUUAAAAUACUGUUUAGAGUC